UUGUGCCUGCUGUCCGCCUGUCUGUCUGCUUCGGGGGAGAAAAUCAGCUCCGUGUUUACAUCCGACCCCGGAGAUCACCGACUCAGGACGGACUGAACCCCCGGGGACACAUGGAGCCUCUCGGCAGGGACGAUGUGAAGGGCCCGGUGCUGCACAUCGUGGUGGUCGGAUUUCACCACAAAAAGGGCUGUCAGGUUGAGUUCUCGUACCCGCCGCUGAUGCCUGAUGAGGGUCACGACAGUAACGUGCUGCCGGAGGAGUGGAAGUACCUCCCUUUCCUGGCUCUUCCUGACGGAGCGCACAACUACCAGGAAGACACUGUGUAUUUUCACCUGCCGCCCCUCAACGAGGACAUGAAGUGUGUCUACGGAGUUUCCUGCUAUCGCCAAAUAGAAGCAAAGGCCCUGAAGGUCCGACAGGCUGACGUCACCAGGGAGACGGUGCAGAAGAGCGUCUGCGUCCUCAGUCGAGUGCCUCUCUACGGUCUGCUUCAAGCUAAACUCCAGCUCAUCACACACGCCUACUUCGAGGAAAAAGACUUCUCACAGAUCUCUAUUUUACAGGAACUGUACGACCACAUGAACGGCUCUCUGAGGGGCUCGGCUCUGGAGGGAUCACAAGUUUAUCUGGGUUUAUCACCAAGAGAUUUAAUACUGCACUUUCGACACAAGGUUCUCAUCCUCUUCAAGCUUAUUCUGCUGGAGAAAAAGGUCCUGUUCUACGUGUCUCCUGUCAACAGACUAGUCGGAGCUCUGAUGACAGUUUUAUCUCUGUUUCCAGGAAUGAUCGAGCACGGCCUCGUGGACUCGUCCCACUACAGGCCGAAGAGCAGCCUGUCAGAGGACGUGACUCUGUUGGAGAGCGUCUCAGGAGCCGAGGAGUUCGUCUCCGUGUCCGUCACCGACAUCGCCACCACCACAGAGGAGACCGUCCAGCCCGCCGCAGAGUCCCUGUACUCCGGGAACAGCACAGAGGGGGACAACCACCUCCUGAAGCCGCCGUCACGCACCUCCCCAGAGUCCUCAGAGAGCGACUGGGAGACUCUGGACCCCAGCGUGUUGGAAGACAGUCCCAAAGAGGCAGAAGAGGGGAAGGAGCCGGAGCUGCUGGACGCAUUCGACUCUAAGCCGGGGACGCCCAUCACUGUGCAGCCGCAGUCCGCCAGCGGUCAGGGAGGCGUCGUCCAGGGUCUGGUGUCGGGGCUGGAGGAGGAUCAGUACGGCCUGCCGCUCCCCAUCUUCACCAAGGGUUACCUGUGUCUGCCCUACAUGGCCCUGCAGCAGCACCACCUCCUGUCUGACGUGACGGUGAGAGGCUUCGUUGCCGGGGCGACCAACAUCCUCUUCCGCCAGCAAAGGCACCUCAGUGAUGCCAUCGUCGAGGUGGAAGAAGCUCUCAUCCACAUCCAGGACCCAGAGCUUCGGAAGAUCCUGAAUUUGACGACGGCGGACCUGCGUUUCGCCGACUACCUGGUGAAACACGUGACGGAGAACCGCGACGACGUUUUCUUGGACGGGACGGGCUGGGAGGGCGGAGACGAGUGGAUCAGAGCCCAGUUCACCCUCUACCUCCACUCCUUACUGUCCUCGACAUUACAGCAAGAUAACGAGCGGCUGCUGGCUGAUUUCGGCGCUCCUUUCAUUGCAGCCUGGAGGAUCACACACAACUACCGGGUGUGGUACAGCAACAAGCACCCCGCCAUGGCGGCCAUCACUCCGGGACACCCGUUCCAGGGCCAGUACAGUGUAACUGAUGUGAAACUACGACUCUCACACUCGGUGCAGAACAGUGAAAGAGGGAAGAAGAUUGGAAACGCCAUGAUGACCACCAGUCGCAGUGUGGUCCAGACGGGGAAGGCAGUCGGUCAGUCCGUCGGCGGAGCGUUGACCAGCGCCAAGUCAGCCAUGUCCUCCUGGUUCUCCACCCUGGCCCAGCCUGCAGCCGUUACCCCCCCGGAGUACCCGGAGCCCGCCACAGAGGUCCAACCCUGAAAUCAAGCACGCAAGUCCUCUGACUCUGUCCUCGUCCUCUGAUCCUCUGGCUCCUGUGAAGCCUGAGGGUCAGUGGACUGAGAGCUGGUUUUAUGAAGGAGAAAAACGGUCAUCUUCAAAUCAGGUUUUAAGUCUGAACCUGUCAUCCUCAUGUUUGGUGACUCCGGGCGGUGCAAUGGCACUCCGGACAGGAAGGCAGCGCUGCCAUUAUACUAACUGUACAGUCCAUAUCCACUGUGAGGCAGAGACUGCCAGCGCUUUCGAUCAAAAAACCCAGAAAUUUCAGCAGGCUGCAUCAAAACCUGACUGCCUGCUUGUGUUGCUGGAUGCUUUUUCCUGUGAGCCACUAAAGAUGCUGUCGUUGGGGUUUGCGUUGUUCACUCUUUUGCUGCAUUUGUAGAGUUUGUCUAUAUAGCUGACUAUUUUGCUGACAGAGAUAUAACAGAAAAAUAAAAACAAACUGGUGUCGCAGGAUUUGAGCAUGAGCUGUGGCACCUUGAAGAUUUUAAACGGUUUAGAUUUUAAUAAAGUUUGGCUCAUGUUCGGUGAUGUCUUCGUGACGACACUGUGGUUGUUGCAGUAACAGCAUGAAUUCCUCAAAGCUCCCAGCACCGGACAUCAAAAUAGCACUACAAAGACGGACUCAAUUUCAAUUUUUAAAUUUUGGUUGAAAUGAAAAUUGAGUUGACAAUAUUUUAAAUGUCUAACAGUGUUAGAAAUUAACAUCAUUUGGACAUUAAUAUUAUGACAUUAGCAGACAUUGGGUAUUGUUCUCUUUCCUUUA